CGAAUAAAAAUCCCGUAACUGCGUAACAGUAAAAAUCUGUAAUCUCUCUACUAAAUUAUCUCUCUCUCUCUCUCUCUCUCUCUAACACCUAACAGUUCCCACCUAACUUCCUCUGCAGUGAACAAACAACCGCCUAUGUCGCCGCCGCCGCCGGCAACCGCCGACUUCCUCCGCGAAGUCGACCCUCAGAUCUGGCGCGCUUGCGCAGGCGCCUCCGUUCAAAUCCCCUCUCUCUACUCUAGGGUUUACUACUUCCCUCAAGGCCAUGUCGAGCACUCUUGCCCCUCCUCGCUCAUCUCUUCUCUCUCAACCGCUCCGGUUCCCUGCGUCGUCUCCGCCGUCGAGUUACUCCCCGAUCCGAUCACCGACGAGGUCUUCGCUCACCUUGCGCUGCAGCCGAUAUCUCCCGAGCACUUCUCUCCCUCCAAUUUCUCCGGAUUCGGGAGCGACGACGAUGAGAACAACAACAGCAACAGCAAGGUGGUUACCUUCGCGAAGAUAUUAACGCCGUCAGAUGCUAAUAACGGAGGAGGAUUCUCCGUCCCGCGUUACUGCGCGGACUCCGUCUUCCCUCCGCUCGAUUUCCACGCGGAUCCUCCGGUGCAGAAGCUAUUCAUCACCGAUAUCCACGGCGUCGUCUGGGACUUCCGCCAUAUCUACCGCGGUACGCCGCGCCGGCACUUGUUAACCACCGGGUGGAGCAAGUUCGUCAACGGCAAGAAGCUUAUCGCCGGAGACUCGGUCGUUUUCAUGAGGAAAUCUGUUGAUGAGAUGUUUAUAGGUGUGAGGCGAGCGCCGAACUCAAACCACGGGGAUGAGUACUACGGAGGAGGUAAGAAGGGGUUUAGGAGGAUUGGGAUGGGGAAGUUGACGGCGGAAGCUGUCUCCGAGGCGAUCAACAAGGCGGUGCAGGGUUAUCCCUUCGAGGUGGUGUAUUAUCCCACGGCGGGAUGGUCAGACUUCGUGGUGAGGGCUGAGGAUGUUGAGGUAUCCAUGGCUGGAUACUGGAGUCCUGGUACUAGAGUGAAGAUGGCUAUGGAGACAGAGGACUCUUCGCGGGUUACGUGGUUUCAGGGCGUUGUCUCCUCCAGGUUUCAAGAAACUGGUUUGUGGAAGCAGCUUCAGAUCACAUGGGAUGAACCUGAGAUUCUGCAAAACUUGAAGAGGGUGAAUCCUUGGCAAGUGGAGGUCGUUGCAAACUCAAGUCAGCUUCUUGCUAUUUACCCUCCAACAAAGAGGUUGAAGCAUUCCAAUAGCGCGAGUGGGUUCUUGAGUGGAGAAGGAGGAGAAAUGCUCUAUUCCGGAAGAGGACAACAAGCUGUGGAUCCAAGUCCCUAUUUGUUCUCGUAUACUACAUUUCCUGCUGGCAUGCAGGGAGCCAGGCAUUAUGAAUUUGGGUCUUUUAACUCAACCGGAUUCAUCGGAGAAAACACUCCCCAGCUAUGCACUAAUAACUUCUUUAACCCACUUCCUGGGCUGAGAAAAAUCUCGACUGAGAUGAUGAACUAUGGCAGCCCGCUAUCAGAUGACUUGUCGCCUAAUAGCAAUACCACUAACCUCUCCUCUGGGAAUGAACAGGUUGGAAACCGAGGCCACGCUGUAAGAGUUAACUCGAUUCAGCUGUUUGGCCAGAUCAUUAACGUGCAGGAGCUUACUGAGAGCGGUCUUGCUGAGGGCUUGUAUGAAGAGGAUGGAAGCAAAGAGUCCAGUGACAAUGAAGUUGUGAAUGAGACACAAUUGUCCUUGACGUAUGCUCAAGGCAUGUGAAAGAUUCAGAGGCGCCUCAAGAUUCCAACAGCCACCGAGGUAGUUAAGUGAAUGAAGGACUUUUGGAUCUUGCUGGAAUCUCUGUCAAGUCCCAAGUACUAGUAAUCGUACUAUAUAUAUAAUAAGUAUCUUGUCUUUCUGCAUUGACUUUGACUUGGUUUGACUGUUUUAUUUGACCAAUUUCUGAGACAUAUUGUGGUGAACAUCUCGCUCUCCAUCACCUAAUAGUUUACUACUAGUAUAUUAUUAUAUUAUUGGGGUUGAAGUUUAUGUAAGCAACUAGUACGGCUACUGGAUCCUUAAAUGGGACAAAGCUUUGGUAGACUUUAGUAUCAAGAACUAAGACAACCAUCCCCAUCCUAUCACCUUAUCCGUUAUGCCAUUAAAGUACCAAGACUUGACUAAGGCUUAGAUAGUAUAAGAGUUUUGGUAUUAUAUGCAGUUAUAUAAUAAGUACGGGAAGUAGAAAGGAGUCGAAACCUGGUCAUGUUUUAAGAGCAUACGAGUGUGCAUAGGUUUUGUGUCCUGGCUUGUGAGAUGUUGGUGUAAGGGAAUAUCCUGAACUUUCUAUUGGCCAUGCACGUUUUAACUGAGCAUCACUCACCAGUCACCAUUGCCUGUCAAAGUCAGAUAUGAUUUGUGUAUGUAAAAGACUCGAAUUCUAAAAUCAGGGUCACACAAAGCUUUAAAGGUUUAGAUGAUAUACCUUGCAAGAAAUAGUCAUGACUCUGCUGGACUUUGGUUGCUUCACCUAAGCUACAUUAGUAAAUGGUUUAACAUGGUCCAUAUCGCUGCUCCAUGUAUAUCCCAACGAAACAAUCCACUGUGCCAUGGAGAUGUAAGAAUACGCCAAAUCUCAUGAUUCUAAGCUAGGGCAUUCCAGUAAAGAGCUCCCAUGUGUUGGAAGCUGCAAAAUCACAUGAAAAUACAGAGCUUCAUAAUCAGUCGUUUAAGCAACAAGAAACAAAUCGUUUCCUUCGAUUCGUUAAAACCUACAGAUCUAAGAAGACGCACUUCUAUAUGUAACUUGGGUUCGAUUGCUUAAUCAAACAGAGCGUAGCAACAAUAUCUACACAAACUAAAUACAGUAGAAGGAUGAUCUCACGAAAAAUGAUCACACUCCUAAGGAUCUACCGCAAUCAAUUAGAGGAUGAUUCCAUAGAUGGAUACCACUAGUAUAAGCGGAGCAUAAGAUUCUCAGAAAGAUGCUGGAAGGAGAAUCGGCCGAAUAAUUUGGCGGCUCAGUUACUGUUUGAGAUCCUGGAGCGGCCGAGUAUAGGCCACGUGUCACGCUUGGUUUGCCAAGAGCUGUGAUGGAAGAGGGGGAACUUCUCCGAGCUUAGAUCACCGGCGACGGGAGAUAUUUCACCGAUCUUCGUCUUUGGCUCCAUCGGAGAAGAGAAGUUAGGGUUCGGAGAGAUAGAAUGGAACUUUAUUACCUGACAGAGAAGGUGGCGCGAAAAUUGAUUUUUGAGAAUAAACCGAAAUACUAACCCUUUUUUAAAGAUCCGGUUUGGAAUUGGUUUAUAGAAUUUACAUUUCUCUUAACCGGUUUAGCUCUCAAAUUGUACUUGGAAGUUCAUCGCAAACACAAUGCUCCAAGCUUCCCUCUAUUAUAGAAGUCAGUUUCCUCUUAUGUCAUAGACUGAUAAUAAUGUUUUAUCUCUGUUGGAGGUGGAUUUACAUCUUUCUCAAGAUCCAUUAAGACAAUAAAUUACGCCCAUUUUGUUAGGUAGCCCUAGACAUCUUUCUUCUAUAAAUAAGAAACCAUCUCCUUAUUAGAAAGGAUGAUCUCUUCUCCAUUUUAGACUUAGAACACUUCUUACAAGGAGUUUAUGGAUUCUUAGAUUACUUUACACUAGAAACCAUUCUUGUAAUACAAUCUUUGAUCAAUAAACUUUUUUUGAUGUUCAUUUCUUAUUUGAUUCUUUCAAGAUUUCUCCUAAACAUCAUUAUCUUUAGAUUCUUUAUUUUAAUUUUAUGAUUCCAACAAACAUCACCAGCAUAAACAUCGUUUUUGGGUCAAACAGUUGGCGCUAGAAGAAGGGGGCCAAGGAGAACUAUUCUCGAAAACUCGAACUUGGGAACAACUCAUGGACCUAUCGAUCUCGGUUCAUCUAGGCAACAAGCUAUCAAAGUCAUUGUCGAAAAGAUAAGUUUCACAAUCUUAUCUCAUUAUUAAAUUUCGAUUCAUGAUUAUGGCAUAUAAGAUACACAUGCUUAAUCAGGAAGGAGAAUAAUAAAAAAAAAUUAUUAUUUCUGAUUUUAGGAGAAGUUACGAUCGGCUACGACUCUUGACGACGUCUAUCUCGCCGUCACGGCUUUCUCACACCCGUCGAACUCCAUUCCGUCGUCGCCGACAACAGGCCAUAUCGGACAAGAACAACGAUUGUCUUUGACUCCUGAUAGAUUGCGACCAAGGUCAAGAAUUGAUCUGGACAACAUAGGCAAUCUCGUGAGCCACUUUCCUAGCAGCUCGUCAUCAGAAGAUUCGAUCUCGGCCACUCCUUGUUGGAUGGUUCACGAUGGCGCGGAAACCUCUACCGAAGACAAGCUAGGUUUGGCAAGGGUUCUGGUACAGAGCGUUCACGUUCUCGAAGUAUCUUCAGUCUCCGGAUUAGAGUCACCGCUUUCCCCACGGCGGAGACGGAGGUCAGAGAUUCGAUCCUGGCGGCGAGUUUGAGCUUUGACAAGGGAGACGUACUUCUUGCCACCGAGUGAAUUCCAAGAUGUAGAUCCCGCGGCUUCGAUUCAAUUGAUCACUUCAUCUUCAUCGUUUCUGAAGAAUCUGACGGAACGACAUCAUUCAUCACACCGUCUUCAUCGUUUCGAAGCUCUCCCAGCGAGCUUAAUCUCAGCAGCGCUAUGGACUUGAUACGAACGCCUCGCUCUCAAGAUGUAGAACCCUGAGAGAGCUCUGAUUGGCUUCUUAGAUUCUUGGCAUGCUUUCCCCGGCUACAAAGACGUCUCCUCGUCAAGACUCCCCUCGAGAUCAAGUCAAAACCAGCUCUGUCUCUCUUUGUCGACCACAAGCUCGUGACUUUGAUCACGGUUUGCACAAUCGAUCAUUCGCGACUCUGUCGACAAGAAACUGAAGAUGAGAGGGCCGAGCAACAACUAAUAGGAUACAUAUCAUGUUGAGUUUGUACUUGAGCUGACGAGCUGAAGCUAUGGUGGUCGAAGACGUUGCCCAUUGCCGAGUAAAGCACAUGACUGUUGUUCUACGUCAAACCAUACGAGCCCGAGCUUCUGUAUAAGAAGUCUCGUAACAAAUUUUAGUUGGCAACUGGCACCAUUGAUGGAGCUUGAGCCUGAGCUGAGCGUGUAAGAUGCGUUUCAAGAGGACAGCAACGCUGUUACGGUCUUGAUGACAAACUAGCGGGCUGCCGAAGAAGAGAGGAAGCUUUCUCAUGAAAGGCCGACCAAAUAGCCCAAGAUUCCCAUCAGCUUGCCGUCUCGCAACAAACUGAAACUUGAUCUGAGAAGCUCCAAACGGUUAACUUCAAGCCGGUCGCAUGCCAAGAGCUAGAGCUCGCCAAACGCAAUGACAACAGACCUCCGUCUCGGCAAGGUCUCCAUCUCGUCAACCACUAGCUCAGCAUCUCGUUCUCGACAAAUUGAGGCUUGUUACGCUUCACCAGGCAUGACGUCUUCAAUGGUUCCAUCGCUAGAAGCUUGUUUCUGACUUCAAGCUCUAUCAGCUUGUCACCGAUCCACAAAUUCAGUCUCGCAGCACGUUUCUCAGCGUCACGCCGACCACAUCAAUCGCUACAACAUGUGGAUCAACAAGACAUCUUGAUGCGCCAAAACUCCACCGUUCCAUCUACACAUGGAUCUCGUCAGUACCGCGAAGAAAUGUCCACGGCGAUUCGAUUGCGGCGGUUCUUUCAUGGCGGUACGUUUAUGACGAUGUGUAUGGCGACUUGUCUUUGGCAGUUCGUCGAUUGACACUUAAUCCAUGGCGACUCUUUCGGAUGGUUCAGAACACUGUCCUCACAUGUCGUUCGCGCAACCAUUCCGGGAGGUCCGAUCGGAAUCAGAAGUAUGUCAACGACAGCUCGCCCGGGACAGUCCGUCCAUAACACUUCGUUUAUGGCAACCUAACAAUGACAGUCCAUUCAUGACAAUCGUCUACGACAUGGGUAUGUGCCUAGUUCAUUGUCUCAUAAACCCUAUUCGUAAAAUUAACAGAUAUCGAUUUUGUCUCUCUCUCUCUACGAACUUGGGGGCUUACUGUUAGGGGUGGAUUUACAUCUUCCUCAAGGCUCAUUAAGACAAUGAAUUAGGCUCACUUUGUUAGUUAACCCUAGACAUCUUUCUUCUAUAAAUAAGGAACUAUCUCCUUAUUAGAAGGGAUGAUCUAUUCUCCAUUUUAGACUUAGAACACUUCUUACAAAGGGUUUAUGGAUUCUUAGAUUACUUUACACUAGAAACCAUUCUUGUAAUACAAUCUUUGAUCAAUAAACUCUUUUGGAUGUUCAUUUCUUA